CUCUUCAUCACUGAAGAUGAGCUGAAGAAAGUUCAUGACUUUGAGGAGCAGUGCAUUGAGGAGUACUUCCGUGAGAAAGAUGACCGCUUCAACUCCUCGAAUGAUGAGAGGAUCCGAGUGACGUCAGAGAGGUUGGACAUGAGCAAACAUAAUCCUGUCAUGCUUAAGUACAACACAUAAUGUAGGCUCUUAAUGUAGGCUCUUACUUUUUUGUCAGCAAAUCACUUCCUCAUCCUCUUGUGUAGUAUGUGGGCACCAAAAAAACUUGAACAAAGGCUCCAAAAACACCCAAAUAAACUCAGCAAAAAAAGAAACGUCACUUUUUCAGGACCCUGUCUUUCAAAGAUAAUUCGUAAAAAUCAAAAUAACUUCACAGAUCUUCAUUGUAAAGGGUUUAAACACUAUUUCCCAUGCUUGUUCAAUGAACCAUAAACAAUUAAUGAACAUGCACCUGUGGAACGGUCGUUAAGACACUAACAGCUUACAGACGGUAGGCAAUUAAGGUCACAGUUAUGAAAACUUAGGACACUAAAGAGGCCUUUCUACUGACUCUGAAAAACACCAAAAGAAAGAUACCCAGGGUCCCUGCUCAUCUGCCUGAACAUGUCUUAGGCAUGCUGCAAGGAGGCAUGAGGACUGCAGAUGUGGCCAGAGCAAUAAAUUGCAAUGUCCGUACUGUGAGUUGCCUAAGACAGCACUACAUGGAGACAGGACGGACAGCUGAUCGUCCUCGCAGUGGCAGACCACGUGUAACAACACCUGCACAGGAUCGGUACAUCUGAACUUCACACCUGCGGGACAGGUACAGGAUGGCAACAACAACUGCCCGAGUUACACCAGGAACGCACAAUCCCUCCAUCAGUGCUCAGACUGUCUGCAAUAGGCUGAGAGAGGCUGGACUGAGGGCUUGUAGGCUUGUUGUAAGGCAGGUCCUCACCAGACAUCACCGGCAACAAUGUCGCCUAUGGGCACAAACCCACCUUCGCUGGACCAGACAGGACUGGCAAAAAGUGCUCUUCACUGACGAGUCGUGAUUUUGUCUCACCAGGGGUGAUGGUCGGAUUCGUGUUUAUCGUCGAAGGAAUGAGCGUAACACCGAGGCCUGUACUCUGGAGCGGGAUCAAUUUGGAGGUGGAAUGUCCGUCAUGGUCUGGGGCGGUGUGUCACAGCAUCAUUGGACUGAGCUUGUUGUCAUUGCUGACAAUCUCAACGCUGUGCGUUACAGGGAAGACAUCCUCCUCCCUCAUGUGGUACCCUUCCUGCAGACUCAUCCUGACAUGACCCUCCAGCAUGACAAUGCCAAUAGCCAUACUGCUCGUUCUGUGCGUGAUUUCCUGCAAGACAGGAAUGUCAGUGUUCUGCCAUGGCCAACGAAGAGCCCGGAUCUCAAUCCCAUUGAGCACGUCUGGGACCUGUUGGAUCGGAGGGUGAGGGCUAGGGCCAUUCCCCCCAGAAAUGUCUGGGAACUUGCAGGUGCCUUGGUGGAAGAGUGGGGUAACAUCUCACAGCAAGAACUGGCAAAUCUGGUGCAGUCCAUGAGGAGGAGAUGCACUGCAGUACUUAAUGCAGCUGGUGGCCACACCAGAUACUGACUGUUACUUUUGAUUUUGCCCCCCCCCCCUUUGUUCAGGGACACAUUAUUCAAUUUCUGUUAGUCACAUGUCUGUGGAACUUGUUCAGUUUAUGUCUCAGUUGUUGAAUCUUGUUAUGUUCAUACAAAUAUUUACACAUGUUAAGUUUUCUGAAAAUAAACACAGUUGACAGUGAGAGGACUUUAUUUUUUGUCCUUUUAGAAACUCUCAGUAUAGAUGCAGGUCUUUAGGUAUUGUACACAUAAAAUUGUGUCAUUACGAACUUUAUCCGCAAUUUAAUAUUCAGUUUUGUGCGACUCGAGCCAUUUCCCCUAUCCAGCUGUUCCAUUCUCAGUGUAGCCUGCUGCUACAGGUAACUGCCAAAAUAAAUGAAACACCAACAUAAAGUGUCUUAAUAGGGUGUUGGGCCACCACGAGCCGCCAGAAAAGCUUCAAUGCGCCUUGGCACAGAUUCUACAAGUGCCUGGAACUUCCUGUGUGGAAGCUCCGCAUGCUUUCAAUAUACUUUGUGUCCCUAAUUUAUUAAAGUUUCCUUUAUUUCCGCAGUUAGCUGUAGAAUGGAUGACAUGGUAUUGCUGGAGUCGCAAAAAAAUGGAAUAUAAUGUUGAGGAUAAUGUUCAGAACAACACAAUUUCAUGAGUACAACAUCUAAAGACAUGCAUCAGUAUACUGAGAGCUUUGCCAUUUCUAAAAGGAUGUAUUUGGGUGUAUUUGGUGCCUUUGUUUAUGUUUUUUUCACGGCCCCAAUACUACACAACGAGGAUGAGGAAGUGAUUUUCUGUUUGGGGUAAGUUUCUCAAAAACGUGUGAAUUCACAAAAAAAGGUGUCUGGACCCUGCUAUAACAUGCCAUUUGCAUCAAAAAAAAUUUAUCGGGUUCUAAAAAAGAACACUUCUCCUUUAAGUACAACACAUGAUGUAGGCUCUUACUUUGCUGUCAUUAUUUCCAGUCAAGGACCAUAUAAUCACUUUCACCCCCUCCUCUCUCUCUUUCUCCCCCUUAUUUUUCUCCCCCUUCCCCCUCCUCUCUCUCUCCCUCACCCUCCUUUCUCUCCCUCCCUCCCUCCUCUCUCCCUCCUCUCUCUCUCCCUCCCCCUCCUUUCUCUCCCUCCCUCCCUCCCUCCUCUCUCUCUCUCCACCUCCCUUCUCUCUCUCUCUCCCUCCCCUCCCUUCUCUUUUCCUCCCCCUCCCUUCUCUCUCCCCUUUCUCUCUCUCUCUUCUCUCUUUCUCUCUCUCUCUCUUCUCUUUGUCUGUUUCAGAGUGGAGAACAUGGCCAUGCGUCUGGAGGAGGUGAAUGAGAGAGAACACUUCAUGAAGGCAUCUUUACAGACCGUGGACAUCCGUCUGGCCCAGAUGGAGGAGCUGAUUGGUCGGAUCGCUGUGGCUCUGGAGCGAGUCACAGGGGUUGAGCGGGGCGAGGUCAACAAGGCCCGCUCACGCACCUCCUCUGACUGCACAGACUCGGCCUACAUGCUGCGUCAGGGUGAGUGCCCAGACGCGGCAUACAUUCUGCGCCAAAGCAGCUUCAACAGCCAAGAGGGGAACUCCUACCGGCUCAAUGAGGGUGCAGAGGGCUCCAUGUCGCCGCCCUCCCCCACCAGUCUGGCAACGCGCACACGCAGCCACUCCUUCUAUGUGGGCGGAUGUCACGAGCGAGCCGUGCCCGAAAGGGCUGACCGUUUCCUCAAGGAGCGCUCCUUCAGCCUGCAACGAGCCAAUAGCUCCCAGUCGGUGGCCUUGUGUACCGCCCCCAAGGAAUCUAAGCCCCUCCCACUGGCCACGCUGUCCGUCUCCCAGCAGCACCGCCCCUCUUCCUGCAUCGACAUCUUUGUGUCGGCAUCCGAGGAGGAGGGGCCAGCCAAGGUCUUUUUCGACCCACUGAUGAUGGCCCCUCCCCUCCAGCGUGACUCCUCGCUCCACUCUGAGAUUAUGGAGGCGGUGCUGUCGAGCGGGAGGGACUAUGGCGGAGGCAGCGGGUUGGGCGACAGACACUCGGAGGGUGGGGCCGUGUUCGACAGCGUGGCUGCAGACCUGUCGCUAUGCUCCGCCUACCUGCUCCCAGAUAACACCAUGCCGCCCUGGGAGCUGGACCCCUCUCCGCCCCCAUCAGCGGGCCUGCUGGAGCGCUCCAAGAGCAGCCGCUACCUGUCCACUGGCGGCAGGGGCUACCUGGAAGAGCCUCACUUGGUCAAGUCUCACAGUCUCAUGUUCACACCGCGAGACUGCUAUGGAGGCCUAGGGGCAGGGGUUCAGGUCAAAGCGGCUGAGUACACCAGCAUCACCGACUGCAUAGACACCAGGUGUGUCUCCGCCCCUUACACCACCGGCGACUGUUCCCAGUCCCCCGGAGGUUCCACCUCAUUCCCCUUUGACAAGCCACUGGACAUGAGCUCCUCCCACCCAGAGCGCGAGGCCGAGCUCAGCCACACAGAGUCAGACCCAGAAGACCUAGAGGACCUGGCCCCUGCCCCCGAGCCCCGUCGCAUGGGGGGGGGCUUAGGAGGGGCGAGUGGGACCCCCUUCUGCUCGCCCUUCUCCAGGCUGGAACGAGCCAACAGCUGCUCCUCAGACGACUCCUCUCACCCUCCUCCAAACAGAAAAAGCCUGUCGGUCAGUGAGAGGAUGGAGAGGGGUGCAGACCGUGGGGGGAUGGGGGAACCCAGGAACCCCUUCCUGAGGACCAAGUCUGGGGCGCGGCACGACGCCAAGACAGACAGCCUCUCCAUGAGGAAGCUGACCACCCCCUCUGCGUUCCGCAGCUUCGACAGCAGACAUAACUACACG